AUGCCUGUUCUCCCACACAAACUUUAUUCGCAUUCCAUAGGCCUGGUUCCCCUUACUGUUUGCUUCACUUUAGCGUAUCAUUUGUUCUCGUUCUCUUCACUAUCCGCGACAACAACAACGACACCGACAAUACCCCACAUUUUCUCCUCUUUUCCCUUCUUCUUCACAUCACGCAAGACUCACAUCUCUACCCCAGCCAUGACCACUGCCGCCGCUAUCGUUGUGCCCGCCGCUACUAAGCACACUGCCACCUUUAUCUUUUUGCACGGCCUCGGAGAUACUGGCGCUGGAUGGUCUUCCAUCUCCGAGAAUUUCCGCCUCCGCAGGAAGUUCGAUGAAUGCACUUUUAUCUUUCCCCAUGCGCCCAGAAUUCCCGUUGACCUGAACAUGGGCAUGCGCAUGCCCAGCUGGUUCAACCUCUACACUUUAUCUGAUAUGGGCGCACGCGAAGAUGAAAGUGGAAUGCUUUCUAGUGUCGAAAAGGUGCAUGGAAUAAUACAGGAGCAAAUCGAUAAAGGAAUUGCUAGCGAAAGAAUAAUCCUCGGUGGUUUCUCUCAAGGCGGCGCUGUUGCUCUUUUGUCUGGACUCACUUGCAAACAUAAGCUUGGUGGAAUCGCUGCACUUUCCACCUGGCUGCCUUUGAGCAAAAAGAUUGCAUCAAUGACUCAAGACGCCAAUAAGGGGACUUCCAUUUUCCAAGCCCAUGGAGAGAUCGACACCGUUGUUCGAUUUAAGUGGGGGCAAGAUACAAAGGCAAUUUUGCAGGAGGAGUUACACCAACCAGUAGAAUGGCACAGCUAUCCGGACCUCGAUCACAGCGCGGAGCCACAGGAGAUUAUGGAUAUGGAGAGGUGGAUGCUGAAGAUAAUUGCUGAUCAAGCGUAA